AGAAUCUGUUGAUCCGUUAGUACUGUCAACUUCUCCAAGGAUAUACCAGAGAUGGGAGUUGAAGAUAUUACUGAACGUGAGACAGGAGGGUCGCCGCGUGGUUCUGGUGCCGAUGGAGAUGUGACCUUCGACAGGGCAGCACUGGGUCCUGGAUCUGAUCCAACCCCCAGUUCCCCCAUUGAUUCGUUAGCGGCUAAUGCAACUGGCUCCUCUGGUGCACAAAUUAACCCAGUAGGGGCUGGUUCGGAAACACCAGCGCUGCAAGGCGGUCCGAGACUUGUCCGCUCUCCACCGCAACAACAACUGCAACUGCAAGGCCGUAUGCGUAUUAGACAACAAAAAUUAAAAAUGACUUUUAUUGGAUAUGUCAUGGUAUUGGUGUUUUUUGGAUUACUUCAAUUUCUUGGAGUUUUAGUUUUCACUCAAGGAUUUUUACUUUCCAGAAAUGUGCUCCCUGAUAUUUCCGAAGUAACUAGUGCAACUGCCGAAUGUGCCACAUACGACAAAAUGGUCCUUUUGGUGAUUGAUGCACUUCGGUUUGACUUUGCAGUCCCCGUUGAAGACUCCCCUUGGCCCUAUCAUAAUGAAUUCCCUGUUUUGUACGAGAUGUCCCAGAAAUAUCCUGACCAUUCUGUUUUAUUGAAAUUUAUGGCUGAUCCACCUACAACAACGUUACAAAGACUCAAGGGAAUUACCACAGGAUCACUUCCAACGUUCAUUGAUGCAGGUUCAAACUUUGAUGGGGAUGCCAUUGAUGAGGAUAACUGGUUAUUGCAACUUCAUCGUGCUCAAAAGAGUGUGGCGUUCAUGGGUGAUGAUACAUGGAAGGCAUUAUUUCUGCAAUAUUUCAAUGAAGACUUGCAUUUCCCAUAUGAUUCAUUGAAUGUACAUGAUCUUCACACAGUUGAUAAUGGAGUAAUUGAACAUUUGUUCCCAUUGUUACAAAAAAAUCAAAUGGGGAAAUGGGAUGUCCUCAUUGGACAUUUUCUUGGUUUGGAUCAUGUAGGACAUAGAUUUGGACCAAACCAUCAACUGAUAAAGCAGAAACUUAAUCAAAUGGAUGACGUUGUAAGGAAAGUCAUGGACCAGAUUGAUGAUAAUACAUUACUUGUAGUGAUGGGAGAUCAUGGUAUGGAUAGCACAGGAAAUCAUGGUGGGGAUUCUCCAGAUGAAUUGGAAAGUACUCUUUUCAUGUAUAGUAAGAAGAAACAAUUUGGAAGAAUAAAGGGAGAUACGGUUGAUCCUUAUAGUAUUUCUAAUGUUGCCAAAAAUUAUAGACGUGUUAACCAAAUCGAUUUAGUUCCAACACUUUCACUUCUUUUGGGAGUACCAAUCCCAUUCAAUAAUUUGGGAUUCCCUAUUGAAGAAGCAUUCCAAGGUUCAAAAUGGCGUCAAGCAAUCAAACAAACAGUUGAACAAAUCCAAUUGUUUAGGAAAACUUCUAAUCUUGAUGAUGACGAAGAAGUUAAUACCAUGGCUUCAAAAUUGAAUGAAGGUUCAACAUCAUAUAACAAAGAUGCAGAAGAAUUCCAAGCUAAAUUCCUCGCACAAUGUAAAGAAAUGUGGGCUACUUUUGACCUUAAAUUAAUAACUAUUGGUAUACUUAUCCUUGUGGCGUCAUUAAGCUUUAUUGUUACAUACGCAAGACUUAUCCCAAGUGUUAGAGUGUCGACUAUGUCAUUCGAAUUCGCUGGGUCAGUUGUAGCGAUGGUUUUAUUGGGUUUGGUACUUCUGUUUCUGGUCUAUGUUGUAUUGAGACCUGUAGGGCUUAACUUCAAGCAAUGCGUGGCUAUUGGAUCAUCUAUCGGGAUCUUUGUUGGUCUUUGGGCACCCAUAAUGGACCGAUUCAGUGUCGCUUGGCUUUGGCAUCAACUCAAUGAUUUUUUCAUUUACAACUUCAAUGGGUGGUCUGUUAUGGCCAUUACGUUCAUCUUAUCUCAUUCUAUUAUUUUUGCAUCCAAUUCAUUUGUGGUUUGGGAAGAUAAGAUGAUUCUGUAUUUUAUUUCAACUUUUGGUUUCUAUACUUUGAUUCAAAGUUUAGUUUCAUUGGAGGAUAAAACACAGAAGAUAUUGGCAUUAUCACAUAGUAUCACCUUCCUUGUUCUUUCAAGAAUAAUAUCCACCAUAAAUUUAUGUCGGGAAGAACAACAGCCAUAUUGUCAAGCCACCUUCACUACCACUUGGUGGUCAGUUGCAUUAUUAUACGUGAGUGCAUUUGCACUUCCUGCCAUGUUAAAGGCAUUUUAUAGAUUGAGUGAUUCAUAUCAUUCUGCUGCACCUCUUUGGAUUGGAACUGGGUUAACCUUUUUAUUGUUCGCCAAUGCUAUUUAUUGGACUUUGGAAUAUAUUGGUAGCAAUAGUGAGAACAUAUCACUAGCAAUUGGUGGAUUAUUUGGAUUAAUCAAACAAAUUGAUGGAAAGGAAUUAGAAAGUAUUAUUUUGAAAGGGUUAGUUGCUAGUGAAGCACUCUUCCUGUCCUUGAAAUUGGCAAUCGCAAGAAUAUCAAUGUUUAUUACCCUUAUUCUUGCUAAUUAUAGUUGGUCAAGAGGCCCAUUAUGUGUUAAACUUGCUGAAGAAGCAGAUGAAGGAAACUUUUUUCAAAAGAAGGUUGUGAUUCUUGGAUUUCAAAAUGUUUAUGGGUCAUCAUACUUCCUUUUAUUACUUAACUUUGCAGUCCCAAUCAUGCUUGUCACUAAGCCACUUGGAGCAUUAUCACUUUGUAUGCUUCUAAUUCAAAUUAUGUCAUUGUUAGAGAUUUUUGACAUUUUACGACUUCGGAACAAUUUAAUUGCUCCAACCAUGUUUGGUAUGCUUGCAUAUCAACAUUACUUCAGUACUGGACACCAGGCUACUAUUCCAUCGAUCCAAUGGGAUGUGGGAUUCAUAACAACGGAGACUAUUACUUUCCCCUUUACACAUUUAAACAUUGUCCUCAAUACUUUUGGGUCCUUCAUCCUAGUAUGCGUAGCCGUUCCAUUGAUCACAUUAUGGAAACUUGCACCAUCUUCAAAGCCAAUCACCGUGCUUUCACAAAUUGUCGCAAACACAACAUCAUUAUUAGCAUAUCAAACAGUAGUAAGUGUGUCUAGUUUCAUCUUUGCAGCACAUUUUAGGCGACACUUGAUGGUGUGGAAGAUCUUUGCGCCACGUUUCAUGUUGAGUGGAAUUCUUUUACUCUUGAUGAAUGCAAUUUUGGUAUUUAUAACGAUUUUGUUUGCUACAGGUAAACUCAUGGCUCAGGUCAACCGGAUUUUUGGUAAGUAGUAUAUAUUAUAUAUAAUAGACAUGUGAUAAGUA